ACGUGCGUGGUGCUUCAUGUGAGUUUAUUUUCGUGGAUUAAAAUUAAAUUUUCCUACGUAAACUUAAGUUGGAAAAUGAUCGCUAAAGUCAAAAUGGUCAAAAAACCCCAAGCACUAGCACCAGAGCCAGACACCGACAGUGCCAGUGAACUAUCCGACAACGAUGUCGACGAUCAUCACAUGUCCGAUGAGGAGUUUCCAAUGUCCGACGAUGAACAGGAUCAGGAUGAUGACGAGCAAGAGGAGGAGGAUGAAGGACCUUCUAAAUGGGCAUUGACUAUGGCCAAGUAUAUCAGGAAGACGAGUGAUGCACAUAUUCUAUCGAAGGCUGUAAAGGAUGUCGAUCUGGAGAAGACUCGGAAGGAAUCAAAACCAACAUACAAAUUUGAGGUUGUCGGUGAACAGAAACCGGACGAAGCAGAGGCCGGAGAUCAAAAAGAUGAUAAACCUGGCGAUUUGGAAAUGGCGAAUGAGCUGCUUCGACAAAGGGCGCUGCUGAAGAAAGAACGACAGAAGGAUAUCCUGGGUCUACGAAUAAAACCAUCGAUAGGGCAGUACGAGAGGGAGAAAGCAUUGAAGAAAAUUGCAACUAGGGGUACAGUCCAGUUGUUCAACGCCGUUCGGCAACAGCAACGAGAUGUGAACAAGAAACUUGACGACGCAGGAAAGUUGGAGUACAAGCGAGAAAAGGUGUUGAAAAAUUUAAGCAAGAAGGAAUUCCUAAAUGUUCUCAUGAGUGGACCCAGAGCCAAGUCGGAGCUGGUGGACAAUCUGGUCAAGAAGGAAGAAUUAAAGGAUGAAAUCAAAUCCGAGGAGGAUUCCGACGAUGACGAUGAACCCGAGUCGACGUGGGGAGCAUUGAGAGCCGAUUUCCUAACAGGUAAGAAAUCUGGUUGGGAUAAAGAAGACAAUGAUAAGGCAGAAAGUUUUGGUGAGGGUAAUGGGGGUGCAAGUUCAGAUUCGGAUUAA